AGACAUCAAUAACUAAGGAAACAUGUCAAUUGUUGAGUUGCUGGCAACUGUGGAUAAGCUUGCCAAGAUUAUCAAUCAAAAGAACAAACAAUUGGAAGAUUUAAAACAGGGGUAUGAUCAGAAAUUGCAUAUUAUAAAUGAGUACAUACGAACAUUAGAGGGUUCAAUUGAAGGUGAUUCUAGCAAGGAAAGUAUACCAAAUGAAGAGUUUAUAAAGAAGAUAUCAUCCAAAGUUGAGUGUCCUAAUUGUAAGCAUGUUAUUUGGGAUAAUAUGCAAUCAGGAGAGUACGUACUCGUUCCAAAGCAUCAAUUGAAAUACUUAAUUCGGGAUACUCCACAGGCACAGACACAGGCACAUGAACCAAUUACUCCUACUACCUCCACAUCUAACGAUACUUCAUAUCGUCCCCCUAAACCGAAGAAUCGAUCCAAGAUAAAUUGCUCCUUCUGUGGAGAACCUGGUCAUACACGAGCAAAAUGCUACAAGAGAUUAACUACACCCAAGGAAGAAACUGGCAAUCCCUAAAAAACUCCUGCAUUUCUAUAGUACAUAUAUAAUUAUACAAUCAUCCUACUUUGCGGAUUGAACCAUAGCUUCUAUAAACGUAGUUAGUAUCAUAUCAUAAAUAAAACACGGAAACUUUUGUACAUACCUCU